AUGAAAGUGGUGCUGCUGAGCUCUGAUGACCUGUCUGUGUUGGACUCGGUUGAGGUUCCAGAACCUCAGGAAACACAAACAUAUGACAAAUGUAGUAAGAACAUAAGUCAUGUAUCUUCAUCACAGAAUGGAUCUAAUGUUAUGGCUUUUCUCAAGAGAAAUGCUUUUGUUGUUCUCACAAUGUCUGCUGUUGUAAUAGGGAUCGGCCUGGGCUUUGGACUACGACAAGUAAAUAUGUCACCCAGGGGUGUAAAAUAUUUAACUUUUCCUGGAGAGCUGCUGAUGAGAGUCCUGCAGAUGUUGGUGCUUCCUCUAAUUGUUUCCAGUGUGAUUACAGUAAUGUCAUCUGUGGACAGGAAGGCUUAUGGGAAAAUUGGGCUGAGGGCCUUCAGCUAUUACAUGGUCACCACACUUAUUGCUGCAUUUACUGGCAUCGCCUUAGCUGUUCUCAUCCAACCAGGGAAAUCAUCCAGGGCUGCUUCGGUGUCCUCUAGUGGUAACACAGAAGCUGUGCAGACGGUGGAUUCUUUCCUCGAUCUCAUCAGAAACAUGUUUCCCUCAAAUCUGGUGGAGGCUUGUUUCAGAAAGUAUAAAACAGUUUAUUCCAGGAGUGUUUCUACAGGAGGGAGUCUCAUCAGUGUGACUGAAACCAGUGAAAACUAUGACAGAGUACCAGUGCCAGGCACCUCAGACGGAGUCAAUAUUUUGGGUUUGUUGUGCUUCUCUGUUGCCUUUGGCCUUGCCCUGGGCAGUCUGAAGACUAAGGGGGAACCUCUAAAGGUUUUCUUUGACUGUUUGAAUAAAGCCACCAUGCAUCUGGUCAGCAUCGUCAUCUGGUAUUCCCCAGUGGGAAUCCUCUUCCUACUGGCAGGACAGAUUGUGAAGAUGACAGAUGUUGGCGAGAUUGGCGGAGAAGUUGCCAUGUAUUUCCUCACUGUGCUCACUGGCCUCCUGAUCCACAGCGUCAUCACUCUUCCCCUCAUCUAUCUCAUGGUUACACGAAAGAAUCCCUUCAGGUUUAUUGGUGGUCUACUCCAGGCUCUCACCACUGCUUUUGGGACUUCAUCAAGUUCUGCAACCCUACCUGUUACCCUGUACUGCAUGGAGGAAAAUCACAACAUGGAGAAACAAGUGACACGCUUCAUGCUCCCCAUUGGAGCCACAAUGAACAUGGAUGGGGCAGCGCUCUAUGAAGCUGUAGCGGCAUUAUUCAUCGCCCAGGUUAACAAUAUCGAGUUUAACUUGGGUCAAAUCAUUGCCCUCAGUUUGAUUGUCACAGCUGCAAGCACUGGUGCAGCAGGCAUCCCACAGGCUGGCAUGGUAUCCAUGGUGAUUGUAUUGGAAUCAGCUGGACUUCCCACUGAAGACAUUUCACUGCUCAUGAUCGUCGACUGGAUUCUCGAUCGUAUAAGGACUACCAUCAAUGUGCUGGGUGACUGUAUCGGUGUGAGUGUAGUGCAGCAUCUGUCCAGGUAUGAGCUGCAGCACUCCGGUCCCGCAGAAAAAAGCUCGGCGGAAGAAAGUCCUCAGAUCUGAGCACCAUGAGGUCUGACAGGAUCUGUGUCCAAUGGCUAAUAAAUUAAUGUGACAAGUUAUUAAUGAAUGAUAACAAAAUACUAUUUUGUCUACACUGAUGAGAUGCAUUUUACUACCCAGUGCACAGUAGCAGUCCAUAAUCAUCUAGCCUAAAAUAAGAACCUGUUCUGGCUCAUCAGAAACUAAAGAAACUCAGUGACUUGCAGAUGGUAUUAGAACAGAGGUCAGGAAGGGGGCAGGUCUUCUCCUCUGUAAAAACAUUUUAUAAUAAGACUUAAGGUUGUCAUGAUUCCCCUCUAAAAUGUCUAUAAAAUAUGAUUAUUUUCUAGAACAGCACAGAAUACUUUGUGGAUUAUGGCAAAUUAUAUAUGUCUCAUCUGUCAUGGGCCGUAGGUUCGGUAAGUGUAUUUUGGUUGUUUUUUAAAUAUAGAGGGUUAGGGUUAGCUCUUUUUAAUAGCCUCUGUAAAGCCUGCUACUUCUUUACAUUUUCAGUGUUAUAACUGUAAUUA